AUGGCUCCCUCCGCCAUACCGUGCCCGGACUUUACAUUCACGUCUCACCCUUCAGUGUCGCCAUUCACCGUGCCGUAUCAGACAUAUAUCGCCGGCCAGCCAACACCUCCAGGGGGCCUGAACUACCAUUACGUCGCCGUGGGCGCUCACGUCUUCUCCCGCUCUCCCAGACCGACCGCCACCAACCAGACCACCGACAACGACAGGGACGACCGCACCGCAGGCGACGAUCUUCGGGUGCUCCUUGUCCAGCGAGCGGCGCAUGACUCGGCGCCUCUACGCUGGGAGAUCCCUGGCGGUGCGUGCGACCUCGAAGAUCCCAGCAUCCUCCACUCGGUCGCCCGAGAGCUGUGGGAAGAGGCCGGGCUGGUCGCGACAAGCAUCGGCCCACUCGUUGGCCAGGGACACUUCUUCCUCUCGCGGAGUGGAAAGAGCAUAUGUAAGUUCGAAUUCCUCGUGGAGGUUGAGGGAGGUGACGGAAGCCCUGCUGGUGUAUUGCAGGUCAGGCUUGAUCCAAACGAGCAUGCGAACUAUGUAUGGGCGACGGAGGAGGAAUGUAGGGAGGGUAGGGCAAAAAGAGAGAAUAUAGAAUUGGUGUUUACAACGCGCCAGCAGAAGGAGACCCUACUUGAAGGGUUCAAGAUCAGAAAAGAAUUGGAUGCGACGAAGAUAGUAACAUGA